GUGGCACCCCUCGGCGUCCCCACGCGAUUGAUACCGACAGUCGCAGAAGUUCGGCUGCAAUUGCCGGGAUCUGAACUGCCACCGAUACCGCCUACUGCUACAUUCGACGCCGGUAUGAGUCUGGACUGGAGCAAUAUAUGACAGUUUUCGAACCUUUUAUCGCACAGGAAACAACUUUUCAAGCUUGCAAGAAACUCGUUUGAGCUCACGUCAAGAAUCAGGCAUCACAUUCCCGGACUUUUGCCAUAACAACCUCAUCAACAGCAAGGUCGAAGAUGUCGCCAAAAGGGCCCUACAAACUGGUCACAGUCAACACUGCCCCUGAACGAGCGAAGCGACUGAUCGGCCGUGUCGUUGAGGAUCUGAAAGACCAAUAUACCAUCCAGCAUAUGGCCAAUUGCGAAACUAUCGACGCCGUCGAACCGACAGUGAAGGAAAUCAAGCCAGACCUACUGUUCUGCGCCUCAAUGUGGACACCGGAGGAAAGCGCAAGGAUUCAGCAGAUCGCGAAGGACAACGUUCCCGGAAUCAAGACGCAUGCUAUACCUCAAGGCCUACAGGUGGAGAAGGGUCCUGAUGCAGUGGUCGAGUAUCUCAAGGAGCAGAUCCCGGGCCUUCUGGGGUGAAAGGCCUCCUCUAGCGUGGAGACAGUUCAGCCUGGUGAGCCUUGUAUGUGUUCCGAGAAAGGGUAGAAAGGACGGUUAGAUUGGCAAUGGCCUCACUGGCUUGCUUUGUGUCCUCGUCCGGGUGUCCUCCGUCCAGAUGCCUUCUGGUGACACGACGUAGGACUAGCUAGACAUACCAUAGAAGAUCAGUUCCGAU